GUUUGCGAGAUUUUGCUUGAAAAUAACGCGGAUAUGGAUCAUGCGGAUAAGGAGGGUAAAACUGCUCUGUUUGCUGCUGCUAGCAUGGGACACCUGAAUAUCUUGAAUAUCCUACUGUUCUGGGGCUGCUACGUGGAUGGGAUAGAUUGUGAGGGUAGGACUGUGCUUAGUGUAGCGGCAGCAGAAGGCUCAACUGCCAUCGUUAAGGUUUUGUUGGACCGGGGUCUGGAUGAACAGCAUCGAGAUAAUGCUGGCUGGGGUCCUCUACACUAUGCUGCUUUUGAAGGACAUUCUCUGAUAGUUGAUCUAUUAAUAAACGCUGGAGCGGAGUUGGAUAUGGUUGAUUGUGAUGGGAAAACAGCUCUGCAUCUCGCCUGUUCAGAGAAUCAUUACGAAGUUGUAGUUCAGCUACUUAGAGCACGUGCUGAUGUAAACAUAGUAAACCUGCAGGGACGAACACCAUUGAGAAUAUCCUUGUUAGAGGGUAGUCUGGAUAUAGCUGGAAUACUACUGGAUAACGGAGCGGAUAUAGAUUAUAUGGAUACAGAUUCAAGAUCUACUUUGUACAUCAUGGCGCUUGAGAAUGAUGCCAAGUCUGUUGAAUUCCUCUUGAACCAUGGAGCUAACACGGAGCUGCGGGAUUCUGAUGGACGAACUGCUCUUCAUGUUGCAGCGUGGCAGGGGUAUACAGAUAUAGUUCAGGUAUUGUUGUUGAACGGGGCGGAUGUUAACUGCCUGGAUGGAGGAAGGCGGAGUGCUCUGUUAUCCGCCUGCUGGCAGGGUCAUCUUCAUAUUGUUGAUAUUCUUUUAACAGCUGGAGCUGACGUUAAUCAACAGUGCGAUCAGGGAGCUAGUCCGUUGGCUGUAUCAGCGCAGGAAGGCCAUAUUGCAGUUCUCCAGCUAAUGCUACAGCAUGGAGCUGAUCCUCUCUCUCAGGAUCAUCAUGGUAGAGAUGCUCUUCGUGUAGCUCUCAGGAAUAACAAUGCAAUAGCAGCUGAGCUGUUGGAAAAGUAUAUAAAAAGGAUGUCGGACUCCAGGGCCCCGGAGAACCUUCAUCGACUCAGCCUCGAGGAUGAUCCCGGCAGUCCUCUUUAUGCGUCACCAACCGCGUACGGGUACGGUAAGAUUGGUGCUUACAGUAGAAGAAGUACUCCGGCUAGAAGUUGUUCUCCAGAACCUGCAUCAAUCCUUCAGGAUUCUGAGUUUACCUUUAACCAAACAGGACAUAUGGCCAUUAUCCUUGGCAGAGCAAACCCAGAUAAUAAUAAGCCUUCAGGGUUGUUUGAGAAUAUCAAAGAGAAAGCAAGAAAUGGAUUCAGCGCCACCAAACGGAAUUUUUUAUAAGCUUCAAGUGUUUCAAAGCCGUCUACUGCUUCGACUGCUUCUCUUAUACUUAAUUUAGGGCAUUGCUUUGAACUUUUUUGUGUGCUAGAAAAUUUUUUUAAUAAUCACAUAUUUGUAUAACUUAACAUCACAGAACAAAAACGACUUUUAACGGUCUAAUUUUGCUGUUCACGUGAACUGUAACGAUAUUUAGAUGAUAUUAAUAAUAAUAUGGUUGUUUCUCUAACUGUAGUCUUGCCAUUUUUUAGGUGUAAUACAUCCUUUAAACUGUAGGCUUUAUUGGGCUUUAAACUGUAGGCUUUAUUGGGCUUUAAACUGUAGGCUUUAUUGGGCUUUAAACGCCCCUUUGUAACCACUAAUCUUUGGCUGAAAUCGCUCUUCCAUAGGCGUCAUACUCCCUAUUGUAACCAAAGGGCAAACGCUCUAUAUUGGUUUUAUACUUCCCCUUGUAACCAUAGGUUUAAAACGCCCUUUUAUUGGCUUUAUACUCCCCAUUGUAAUCAUGGGCUAAAUACGCCCUUCAUUGGUUUUAAAAUCUCCUUUGGUACCAAUUAACUUAAAAACCCAAUCCAUUGGCUUUAUCCCUUUGUAACCAUGUUGAUUGGUUAUGCACCCUAGUAACUAUGCUUCGUGUUGUGACAAAACUUAGAAAAUAUACAGACUGAAAUAAUUUUUCUCUCGGUAAACAUUUAGCACUUGAGUCUCACAAAUUAGAACUUUGAAUUUCUAUUAGACGGAUAUGUCCAUAUUAUAUCGUUGUUUUAAUCAUCAUUAACCACGCCAAAUUAACCAAAGGCAGCUUUUUCAAAUACUUGUGUCAAUUUUUACACGUUUUCUAUCUUAUACAUUUGUAUAUAUACUUUAAUUAGAACAUAUUGUAGUCUCUACAGUCUAGUCUUUAGUGAUCGGCCUAAUCCUUGUACAAUUUACCAUGAACAAUAUACAUUGUUCUGUACAGUAUAAUGUACAUACAUAAUCCUUGUACAAUUUGCCACGAACAAUGUACAUUAUUCUGUACAGUAUAAUGUUCAUACAUAAUAAAGGAACUGUUGUUGUACUUUUAAGUGAUUUUUCAUUUUCUCGAUUCUCAAUGGAACCCUUAAAAUCUUUAUCAGAUCAAUGAUGUGGAAGAUAUCAUUAUUUUUCUAGUUUGAAAAGUGUUAAAUUCUGACGAUUUCCUACAGCGUCUUUGCAGCAGAAAUGUUUGAGUCACUUAUGUAGAGAAAUCAUAAUUGGAAAUAAUAAAUUAUUACAAAGAUAAACAUGAAGAUCUUAUUAAUUCUUGGUUAGUUAAAGUUUUUAAAG